GUGGUCGGCAUUGUAGGCGCGCAAAAGAUCGUCGUCGUUUAUGGGAGCCCGUUGCCCAUUAUUGUAUACCGGUCGCUCGUCGUCCAAGUCGAGGAGGAGAUCAUCCCUAUUGCUGCCAGUUGGCUGCCCUGCCAUACUCAAGUGUCGCUAUAGCCGCGCAACCGUGGUCAUUGACCCCUGAAUAGCUUUCUUUGGUUGUGAACAGACGUUGCCCACCGCAAACUCAGCAAGAGAACCAAUCGUCUCGUCGUGAUACUGGGUAUUGAGGUUCGAAGGUAUCCGUAAGCCUACCCUCCUUUAGAGCAGAGCACAGCCCGGCCGUGAAAGGAAGCGUACGUAUUACCCAGACGCUGCGCUGCGUAUACGAGACGAUCCACCAGCCACAACCACUGCCUAGGACUUCUGGUCGUUCGUGAAUGGGCGUGGGAUCUGGAAGUAUUCGUAACGAGUGUGUUUGCGCAUGUACCAGGCCAUUGAUAGAGUCGGCUUGGAGAACUCGAGAGACGUCGUAUUCGCUUUCUUUGGUGGUUGCGAUACAAGUAAGGGUUCUUGUUUCUUUGCUUGCUUUCCCCAGCGUUCCCAGCACUCCCAGCACUUCAAUCCUGGCCAAGCCCAAGACUUGGCAUGAGAUCAGCCUUGCCCGUCUUCAAUGCUUACAGUAUGCCAGCCUUCUCUGCCAAUCCACAUCCACCGCCACUUAUCAUCACCACCACCAGAACCGUUCAACGACGGUAAACAUGGUCUGUUCCAAGUGUCAGAAGCUUGCAAAGUCUACGACGCUGGCCACCCCUGGCGUCAGGAAGAAGAAUGAUAUGUAUUACGGUUCUCCGGCAGGUUCAUCUAAAGGUUCGGAUAAAUCUAAAACCUCAGCCACACUGGGGAGUAAUGGGAUAGGAAAGGUACGUUCAAGAAAUACCAACUCGCUACGCUUAAUACUGAUGGAUUUGGCAGAGCAAACUGCUUUCGAAGACAGCGAGAAAUCCAUACGCCGCCUACUCAAGUUCGUGCACCUCUUGCAAGACAAAGGUUGACCAGGGCCGGACGUACUGUCAGAAGUGUGCAUAUAAAGCAAAUGGUAUACAAUGCUGUAUAAAUCUCAGGGUAGCGCCACUGACGGUUCAUAGCUUGUGCGAUGUGUGGCAAAGCCAGCUCCAAAUCAACGGCUGCAGCCCCUGUGAUCGCGGGUCAAAAGUUCACACUCAAAUGAGGAUAUAUGUUACGGCUGGGUUGUACGAAAAUAUUGUGACUGGUAACAGUGUCACGAUUAUACGAGAAGAUUGGAAUUGAUACCCUGGUAAUACAAGGCAUUGGCGUAUAUGGUUGGGUAGGGUUCGGUUUGGAAAAUGGUCUCUUUGGAAGUUAUUGAUAUGAUGAAGGAAUAUGGAUUGAAUGACGAGUGUACCAGUAGAUCAAAUUCUCAAUAAGCUUCUACCAAAGACAUUCACCAUGCAGGGCGGAGCAGUCUUGGGUUUCUUGACAA